CACAUCAGUUCACACUCACACAGAGCCACCGUAAACAUUUUGUCGCAGAACCGAACACGUCAGCUACGCGCAUUGAUUGAAAAACAACUUUUCUAGCGACCAGCAAAUCCGAUCCGUAGCAGCAGUCCAUCCUGCGCCGUCCGCAUCCGAUCCGUGAAGUAUUUGCCCGGGACAAAAACGUGAAACGCAGCUGCAAAAUGGUCCUCAUUGCUGCGGCAGUCUGCACGAAGAAUGGCAAAGUGAUUCUGUCACGUCAGUUCGUGGAGAUGACGAAGGCACGCAUCGAGGGAUUGCUAGCCGCCUUCCCUAAGCUCAUGACCGCUGGCAAGCAGCACACCUACGUGGAGACAGACUCCGUGCGCUACGUCUACCAGCCUAUGGAGAAGCUUUACAUGUUGCUCAUUACCACAAAGGCCAGCAACAUUCUGGAGGAUCUGGAGACGCUGCGCCUCUUUUCGAAAGUGAUCCCAGAGUACAGUCAUUCGCUAGACGAGAAAGAGAUCGUGGAGAACGCCUUUAACCUGAUCUUCGCCUUCGACGAGAUCGUGGCUCUGGGCUACAGGGAAAGCGUCAAUUUGGCCCAAAUCAAGACCUUUGUGGAAAUGGACUCACAUGAGGAGAAGGUCUACCAGGCCGUGCGACAGACACAGGAACGAGAGGCGCGGCAGAAGAUGCGGGAAAAGGCCAAGGAGUUGCAGCGCCAGCGUAUGGAAGCCAGCAAACGGGGCGGUCCCUCUCUAGGCAGUAUUGGUGGUCGCAGUGGCGGCUUCAGCUCUGACAGUUUCGGUAGUAGUGGUGUGAGCAGCAGCUCUGGCGGCUCCAGUGCCACCAUCGGGAUUACUUCAAUCGACGUGGACACCAAAUCCAAGACGGCUGUCAGUAAACCAACUUCGCGUAAUGCCCUCAAAUUAGGUGGCAAGUCUAAGGAUGUUGACAGUUUUGUGGAUCAGUUGAAGAGUGAGGGUGAGAAGAUUGCCAAUCUAGCUCCGGCGGCCCCAACUGGAGGCUCAAGUGCUGCUGCCAGCGCUAGUGCAGCAGCCAAGGCUGCCAUCUCAGCGGAUAUUCACAAAGAGAGUGUGCACCUCAAGAUUGAGGAUAAGCUGGUGGUGCGUCUUGGACGCGAUGGUGGCGUCCAGCAGUUCGAGAACUCGGGUCUAUUAACGCUGCGCAUUACGGACGAGGCCUACGGUCGGAUCUUGCUAAAGCUGUCCCCCAAUCACACACAGGGCCUGCAGCUGCAGACACAUCCCAACGUAGACAAAGAGCUUUUCAAGUCGCGCACCACCAUUGGGCUAAAGAACCUGGGCAAGCCGUUCCCUCUCAACACCGACGUCGGUGUGCUUAAGUGGCGUUUCGUCUCGCAGGACGAGUCGGCCAUUCCACUGACCAUCAACUGCUGGCCGUCAGAUAAUGGAGAGGGUGGCUGCGAUGUGAACAUCGAGUACGAACUGGAGGCACAGCAGCUGGAGCUGCAGGACGUUGCCAUUGUCAUUCCCUUGCCAAUGAAUGUGCAGCCCUCAGUAGCCGAAUACGACGGCACCUACAACUACGAUUCACGCAAGCAUGUGCUGCAGUGGCACAUUCCCAUCAUCGAUGCUGCCAACAAGUCGGGCUCCAUGGAGUUCAGCUGCAGCGCCUCCAUUCCAGGCGACUUCUUCCCCUUGCAGGUGUCCUUCGUCUCGAAAACGCCGUACGCGGGCGUUGUUGCCCAGGAUGUUGUGCAGGUGGAUAGCGAGACGGCGGUUAAGUAUUCCAGCGAAUCUAUUCUGUUCGUAGAGAAGUACGAGAUCGUGUAGGCCAAGCCUCUGGCCUCGCCCACCUAAGUAGUACAUAAAAUAUACCUAGAAAUCCAUUAUUUUUUCCGGGGCGAUUUGAUGCAACACACGAUUGAUUCAAUAGCAGCAGCAUGUUAAAGAUUAUUUUUUAUAUGUUUCGAACUUUGGAUACUUAUAGCGCGAACAGCUUCUCAGAGCAAGUAAUUCGAAAAAAUAUAUAUAUAUUACAAAAUCCAAUUAAUAAAAUUAAAUUUAUGCACUCCAAACGCUGCUUAAAUCGGUAUAAAUAAAUGAAAGGCGCAUAAUUGAAGUUGGCGAUUGUGAAGUAUUUUGUUUCCUGUGGUUCGUCUUAACCCCCUUUAUUUGAAAUAUACUUUAUGUAAAAUGCUAUGAAUAAACGUUACACAUUAUGUGCAUACAAUUACUGAUAACAGAA